AUGUACGUCUUCCCUCAUCCUCCACCUCCCGCGCACACUCACCAAGCUCCUUCCGCUGCCGCUGCACUUCCCACUCCGAUUUCUACUGGGGCUCAGGCGGGUGUUGCGAACCCGGGUGCGAGUGUUCCGCCAGUCCUUCGUCCUGGGGCACGAGAGGGGCAUACGCAGGAAACGCAGGAAGGGCAUGCGGCCGUGGAGGGUGGUGCUGGUGGUGUUAGUGGUGGUGGAUUGCACCUCCCACCAGGUCAGCCGAGGCAGUCGCCGCCGAUACCCGAGGCGACGUUCGAGCACUACCGGCGCGUGUUCAGGGAUGGAGAUGAAGAGCAGAGGAAAUAUGAGAACGUGUAUGAAUUUAUUAAGGACUUGUAUAAGGGGAAGAACGUGGAGGCUGUGGUGGAUGUGUGGUGCGAUGCCCCGGUGAAGAAGGUGUGGAGAGAGUAUGCGGACGCGGGGGGUGGAUGGGAAAUGGGGUGGGAUGGCGUAAUGGUUCGCAAUGGGCACGAUGCGAAGAAGUACAACGACCGCGUAGAAAAUGGCAUGAAGCCGAGUGAGCGGCUGGGAUCUACUGGCUCGCACUUCGACUGCGACACUGGUUAA